UAGUCAUAAACAUUUGUACAGCACAAGUAGGAAUAAAAAUCCAUAUUAAGAAAAGUCAAAUGGACCCGCUAUCAGGUGUGUUCGGCAGUUUGGAUGUGAUAUUAUAGCCCAUGUGAAUUGACCGUUGACCAGAAAAAUCAAGAUGUUAACAAGUGUAAAAAGUAUAUGCUAACUGAGACCGUAAAGCAGUGCGAUAGCCUGGGACUAUGGAACUUAAAAUGAGACCUAAUCAAAAGUACAAAAUAAUGGCAUUAGUCAUCUUCACACUAUAUUUUAUAGUUUCAUUUCAUCAAUUUAAAUUAAGGACGUAUAUAACUCGGAAAACUGAAGCAUAUAGAACACAUGCUCAAAUUAAAAUAACCAGUAAGGAUUAUAUUUCAGAAAUGAAUUUUAAAAGAUGGAAUAAUUAUACGUUAAGAAAAAACGUACCAUCGUCAGAUGCCUUAUUUGGGGUUAAGUGUCGCCCUUAUGUGGAGGAAUCAAAACGGCAAUAUUCAGUUCAAUGGUUCGUUCGAAAUUGUGACUAUGAAGAAAAGGAUCUCGAUGUCACCCUUUUGUUACAUACAGAUAAAUCCAGAUUAAAUGUAAUCCUUACCCACUCCCUGAAACAUUGGGCUGGUCCCGUGAGUAUCGCCAUCUAUUCGCGCCCAGAUGAAGUAACGAGUGUUCUCCAAAGUAUGGAAGCGGGUGUUCACAGAAGAAAUAACAUUGGUGUGCAUAUAGUUGAACGAAGAGAUGAGGAAUUCUAUCCAGUAAAUCAUCUGAGGAAUUUGGCAUUUGCUGGUAGUACUACAAGCCAUGUGAUUAUGUUGGACGCGGACUUUGUACCUUCCCCAGGGUCAUAUGAAGACCUCUUGGCUGGGAUUAUUUUGAACUCUACAUCUACCAGGGAAAAAUCGGUGUUUGUUGUACCAGCCUUUCAAUAUACAGAUGAAAUAGAAAACUUUACAAAGCCAGAGGAUCUCGUCUACCCAUCUGAUAAAGGAACUGUUGUCAAUAUGUUUGGUGGGAAUUACAUUGAAAGGUUUAGCCAAAGCCGUUGUCGACUUUGCCACUAUGCAUCCAACUACAAAGCCUGGAUCACUGGGAUAAUGAAAUAUCAGAUUGAUUAUACAUUCCAUUAUGAGCCGUAUGUGGUGGUUGAGAGAAACGCUAUGCCUCUGUACGAUGAACGUCUUGUUUCGAGACAUAUGAACAAAGUCAUAUUCACCCUUGAACUUUAUGCCAAGGGAUUCCAGUUCUGGGUGGUGCCUGAUGCAUUCCUACUUCACCUCCCUCAUCCCAGAUCUUACACUGACAAAAGAACGGGAAAUUGCAACGAAAAUAUCGGCGUGUUCAUUAAAUCAAUUAUAAAGUCCGACCAUGGUAUUAAGAGAUCGCUUCCCUACGAAUAUACAAGGAAUCAAGACCCAGCUAUUGCUAGCAUGUGAAAAGCAAAGAAAAUAGACAGAGCUAUUUGCUGACGUGUGAGAAACUAUUGACAUUGCACCAAGACACAGAUAUUUCCAAUUUUGUUGUAUCAGUCGUUUAAUUGUGGAAUAAAAUAUUAAAAAAUAUUUUUGAAAGGUGUAUUUAUUCAAGAUGAGAUCAC